CACUACACAAGGGUGUGACAGUAUUCAUUCACUUCCUAUGUUAUCAGUGACAGAGACUCAGUGUUACCAUGUAGUUACAUAUUUAAAGUAUCCCAUAAUACCGUAUAGCGGGUAAUUUUCGGAGGACAAAAUAUUCGUGGUUCAGCAAUAUUGAGACAUUUUGUGGGUAAUAUUUUCGUGGUUAGAGCUUGCACUGUAGGUAAAGGUAGGCAAGGUCGCUUCAUUCGUGGGUAAAAUAUUCGUGGUCAGACCUCCAACCACGAAAACCACGAAUAUUUUGCCCCACGAAAAUUACAUGCUAUAUGGUACUCAACUGCUAAUGAUAUAAUUAUAGCUACACAACUUGAUCAUAGCUGCACAACUUGUGAAACUGGUGACUUCUACAACUCAACCAAGAAUACAGUAUAGCUAUAAGUCCACAAAUUCUCAAAAGCAAAUUUUAUCAUGGCAACCCCAUUGAACUGUGUCAAGGAUGUUACGAUGUUAACAGAACCCGAGAUUGAAACAAGAGCAGCUAGUGAUGCACCCUUCUUCAAGAUUGAAGUUGACGUAAAGGGGAAGGAGUAUCUGUGUUAUGAGAGCUCUGACAACCAUGGGCUGAUGUACCCUCCUCCCAAAACAGACAACUGCAAGAGUUCCUCGGUUGUGAUGAAGAUGGUCAAGUUGGAGAAGCAGGGAGACAGCGAUCAACACGGCUAUGUUAUCACAAACCCUGUGGUCAAAGAUACCUACCUCAAAGUCAUGACUGACGAAACUUUCGGAUCGAAGAAGAAGAGAGCUGUGAGGUUUGAUAAGAAGUCAGAAGAGAUGUUUUACCAAAGCCAGCUGUUCAAGCUUUGCAAGAAUACUGAUUCAGAAACAAAGUUUGCUCUCUACACAACUGCAAUCAACAGCAAAGGCAACAUCGUGACCUACUACCUGAAGCCCGAGUCAGGUACCAUUGUGGCUGAAGAGAGCAGCUCACCAGACAACUGCUAUUGCUUCUCGUUUGGUGUAGAACAAGUCACUUAUGGACCAGCACUCACAGCGUCACAGCUGGCUCAACUACUCUUACAAUAUGGAUCUGUUCAAGUUGUCAUACAACUUGGAAGUGGAUUCUUCCUAAAAACGGAUACUCGUAAUAAGACACUCUUUGAUGACUCGCUCUUCUUUACUGAUACCGAACCAAUUCCCCUCAGCUGUGAGUUCCGUGAAAAUAUGAUAUUAUCCUAUGGAUACUGAAGAUUAUCACGAGUCUGUGACAGUUACUAUAGGCACGGACGAGUGAUAAUCAUCAGUAUCCAUGGGAUAAUGCAUUUAUUGCUUGGCAACCAAAAUGCAGAAACUGCGCAUGCGCAACAUGCGGUUGCUUUAUCAACCAGAAGAAUGCGUAGCAACAAAAUUGAGUUCUCCCAGUUGAAGACGAGUUUAAGAGAAAGAAAACAGCUAGAAAGAUAAAGAAAUAUAUAAGACUCUAGAACACCAAGAGAGCUUGCAGAAGGCUACUUAAAGAUUUUGUAGAGAACUGACAAGAAAAAAAGACAAGAAAAACGUUGACAACCUGCAGCAACCUCAGCAGUAAUAUUUCAUAAGGUCAGUCGUCCUCCAACAUUUCAAUUUGAAGCGAUAUCACGGUCAUCGAACGAUAGGCAGACGAUCAUCUGUGAGCUUGGUCAUCAGAAUACUACUGGUCGUCAGAAUAACUAUCUGACAUUGGGCAACGAUCCACUUAAAAAUGUCACAGCAACUACAGAGAAAAGAUUGGCAACAUCGUUUGUUAUUCAUCAAGUGUUAGCCUAACAUGAUGCUGCUGUAAUGUAGUUAUGAGGCACUAGCUGUACAUGACUGUUAUAAUAAAUAUAGUCAUAUUGAACUGCUGUAAAUUGUAGAAGAAUCUAGUAGUAUUAUAGCUGAAUAUUUUUUGCCCCAGAUAAUUAGCUGACUACAAAAUAUAUAAUUAUUUUGAUUGGUA